AACCGGAAGUGGAGCGGCGCCUGGGAGCCUUUGGAGCUUUGGGAGCGGCGGGAGCGGUGGCAGCUGCGGACUAGCCGGGCCGGACGACCCCUCGGCGACGGAACGCCCCGGUGCCCGGAGAGCCCUCACCGGACUUCUGUUUACCCCCUGCAAACAGCCUCUCGUCUUCAGCCGGAAAGAAAGAUGUGGAAGGCUUCGGCAGGCCACACCGUGUCCAUCACCCAGGAUGACAGCGGUGCUGACGACUGGGAGACCGACCCCGACUUCGUGAAUGACGUGAGCGAGAAGGAGCAGCGGUGGGGCGCCAAGACCGUGCGGGGCUCCGGGCACCAGGAGCACAUCGACAUCCACAAGCUGAGGGAGAACGUCUACCAGGAGCACCAGUCCCUCAAGGAGAAGGAGCUGGAAACGGGGCCCAAGGCCUCACACGGCUAUGGGGGCAAGUUCGGCGUGGAGCAGGACAGGAUGGACAAGUCGGCCGUGGGCCACGAGUACCAGGCGAAGCUGUCCAAGCACUGCUCGCAGGUCGACUCCGUCCGCGGGUUCGGGGGCAAGUUCGGUGUGCAGGUGGACCGAGUGGACCAGUCCGCCGUGGGCUUCGAGUACCAGGGGAAGACGGAGAAGCACGCCUCCCAGAAAGACUACUCGAGCGGCUUCGGCGGCAAGUACGGCGUGCAGGCCGACCGCGUGGACAAGAGCGCGGUGGGCUUCGACUACCAGGGCACGACGGAGAAGCACGAGUCCCAGAGAGAUUACUCCCGGGGCUUCGGGGGCAAGUACGGCGUCGACAAGGACAAGGUGGAUAAAAGCGCCGUCGGCUUCGAGUAUCAAGGCAAAACGGAGAAGCACGAGUCCCAGAAAGACUACGUGAAGGGCUUCGGGGGCAAGUUCGGCGUGCAGACGGACAGGCAGGACAAGUGUGCGCUGGGCUGGGACCACCAGGAGAAGCUACAGCUGCACGAGUCCCAGAAAGACUACUCCAGAGGCUUCGGCGGGAAGUACGGCGUGCAGAAGGACCGCAUGGACAAGAACGCCUCCACCUUUGACGACGUCUCCAAGGUGUCCUCUGCCUAUCAGAAGACGGUGCCCGUGGAAGCCGCCAACAGCAAGACCAGCAACAUCAGAGCCAACUUCGAAAACCUGGCGAAGGAGAAGGCGCAGGAGGACAGGCGGAGGGCGGAGGCGGAGCGGGCCCAGCGGAUGGCCCAGGAGCGGCAGGAGCAGGAGGAGGCGCGGAGGCGGCUGGAGGAGCAAGCCAGAGCCCAGAAGCAAAGUCCGCCGGCAUCCCCGACCCCGCAGCCGGCUCCGGAGAGGCCGCCGUCCAGCCCCAUCUACGAGGACGCCGCCUCGUUCAAGGCCGAGCCGAGCAGCAGGGGCCCCACCAGCGAGCCGGAGCCCGUGUACAGCAGGGAGGCCGCCGACUACCGUGAGGCCGGCAGCCACCAGGGCCUGGCCUACGCCCCCGAGGCCGUCUACGAGAGCACGGAGGCCCCCGGCCACUACCAAGGAGAGGAGGGCGCCUACGACGAGUACGAGAACGACCCCGGCAUCACGGCCGUCGCGCUCUACGACUACCAGGCCGCGGGCGACGACGAGAUCUCCUUCGACCCCGACGACGUCAUCACCAACAUCGAGAUGAUCGACGACGGCUGGUGGCGGGGGCUGUGCAAGGGCAGGUACGGGCUCUUCCCGGCCAACUACGUGGAGCUGCGGCAGUAGGGCGCCGGCCCGCGCUCCCCGCGGCGGUGCCCCCCCCCCUCGGUGCACGGGGUCAGGGUCCCUGCCGCUUCCCUGUUCAAUGCUCCCGCCGAUGCUUUCGAAGAUGCUCGCGCCGCAGAACUCGCUGGUGUGCCGUGACCGUGCUCCUGGGGCAGGCCGGGGGAAUGGUUGCACACAUUUGAGGUGUUGGCUCGUUUUGCCACAUGGGCCGUCGCCCGGAGCUGCGUCAGGGGCCUGUAGCUCCUCCGAGCACAUGGAGUCCUCACCCCCACGAUCAGCGGGCGAGGCUCCAGGACGAACCCGAGACCUGUCCUCGUGCCGCCUGCUGCUCCGACGAUGCCCGGGGGUCCCAGGCAGGAGUCCCUGUCCCCGGGAAGGCGUCCCUCUCGAGGGAGGGUCCUGGUGGGAAGUCAGAACUGAGGGACGUUGCUGGAAAGCACGCGAGCUUGAACAUAGCUAGAAAGCCUCCCGCGCGUGAAACCCCCCAGGGCUGGGGUUUGCUGAGGACCCUGGUCUCUGUCCUGUGUCUCCCCAUUGCGCCCCGGGUCCCUCGCCUCCCAGAGUGCCGGCCCCAGGAGGGUUGCUGAGUCCCCCCCGCCUGUCCCCGAGGUGCACUGCCGGUUCCCCCUGAAACUCUGCCCUCCUGAGGCUCUGGCCCCGGGCCCCCUGGACACCCCCACCCCGGCGUUGGAAGGCCUGUGCUCGGCUGACCACUCAGACGCGAGUGUGUUGUGCGGGAAGCGGCCCCUUCGCCGCGGGGGCGCCGUGCCUUCUCUCCCAACCGCUGGGCGCGGUCUCCCCGGAAGGGGGUGUCGUGGUCUUUUGCCAAAGUAUCGACUUACAUGACAAUAAAAUUCGAUGGAAUGACGUGACUAAAAAUCAGACGUGAACAGACGGUGCCCUGACCCAGGCCGCCCUGCGUGGCAGCGCCGUGGACCCCGCGCGGGGAGCAGCCCGGGGCCCGGGCGUCGGGGCUGGCGGCGAGGCCCCCUUCCUCGGGGCGUUCCCGCAGCAUCUGCUUCACCGUUAGGUCGGGUUUAUAUGCAAUUAUUGUACCUGGAUUUCUGUAGCUCACCUCAUAGGGAUGAUUUUUUUAAAUUAAACACUCAAAAUAAACUUUUUUUGAUCCACU